CUGCUGGCAUGCUGCUGCUGCCUCUGCAACUCCCUAGGGAUCCCCAAACUAUCUUCUUAUGCCAAGACAGAGGACAAGCUGUUCAAGCAUCUGUUUAGCAACUACCAGAAGUGGGUGAGGCCAGUGGAGUACCUCAAUGGGACAGUUCAGGUCAAAUUUGGAUUAGCAAUUUCCCAGCUGGUGGAUGUGGAUGAGAAGAACCAGCUGAUGACUACAAAUGUAUGGAUGAAACAGGAAUGGGUGGACAUGAAGCUGCGUUGGAACCCAGAUGAUUACCAGGGUAUCACCUCUAUCCGAGUCCCUUCGGACUCCAUCUGGACCCCUGACAUUGUUCUGUAUGAUAAUGCAGAUGGUCGUUUUGAGGGCACUGUCACUAAGGCGGUGGUCAAGUAUGAUGGCACUAUCUCCUGGACUCCACCGGCUAACUACAAGUCGGCCUGCACAAUUGAUGUUACAUUCUUCCCUUUUGACCUCCAGAACUGCUCAAUGAAGUUUGGCUCUUGGACCUAUGAUGGCUCCCAGGUGGACAUCCUUCUGGAAGACUACCAUGUUGACAAGCGGGAUUACUUUGACAACGGUGAGUGGGAGAUUGUGACCGCCACAGGUAAUCGUGGCUUCAGGACGGACGGCUCCUGCUCCUAUCCCUCCAUAACCUAUUCGUUCAUCAUCCGGAGACUGCCGCUCUUCUACACCCUGUUCCUCAUCAUUCCCUGUAUCGGCCUCUCCUUCCUAACCGUGCUGGUCUUCUACCUGCCCUCCAACGGCGGCGAGAAGAUCUCCCUUUGCACCUCUGUCCUGGUCUCCCUCACCGUCUUCCUCCUGGUGAUUGAAGAGAUCAUCCCGUCCUCCUCCAAGGUUAUCCCGCUGAUCGGGGAGUACCUGGUGUUCACCAUGAUUUUCGUCACCCUCUCUAUCGUCAUCACGGUCUUCGCCAUCAACAUCCACCACCGCUCCUCGGCCACGCACCAUGGCAUGGCGCCCUGGGUGCGUCGCGUCUUCCUACACCGGCUGCCCAAGCUGCUCUGUAUGCGCAGCCACGUCGACCGCUACGCCGUGCCCCGGGGGCUGAGCGGAGGACAAGGUGGAAAGGGAAACGGGAACAUGGGGGGCUCGGCGUUUGAGACCACUCCUCUCCUCUCUCCCAGGAACAACCUGCAGGCGGCUCUCGACUCUAUCCGCUAUAUCACCCAUCACGUUGUGAAGGAGAACGAGGUCCGAGAGGUUGUACAAGACUGGAAGUUUGUGGCACAGGUGCUGGACCGUGUUUUUCUUUGGACCUUCCUUCUGGUCUCAGUGCUUGGAUCUGCUCUGCUUUUCAUUCCUGUAAUCUACAAAUGGGCCAACAUCAUUGUCCCCAACUAUGCUGGGAGUGGCAACUAAGUUAUGUGACAAUGCACUGUGAAAUGCAUAAUGGAACUUUGAAAGUCAUUGCAUUUAUUUCAUAGAAACUGUCCCAAAAGACUCAUCAGCAACGCUGCACAAUAUACACCAGACAACGGCACACUCGCCCACAAAUGAUGGGGCAUGCUUUACCCCUCACUGGAA